CCAAGCCUGGCAGAGGUAACAGAAGGACCUGGAGCUCCUGGUGCCUCAGACAAAACACCCCCAGAGAGAAUAAAUGCCUUUAACACUCAUACACAUCUGGAUUCCUGUGAACAAUGAGGAUUAUCACCUGCCAGUGGACUCUUGUGGCUAUCGUAGCUUCACUCUCUGUGGUGUUAUGCACUAAGGUCAAAACUACAGCCAAACCAAAGUACCUGUAUACAAAGAAGCCCGUCCCACAAGUAACACCACAAAUCCCGGUCACCACCAGUGUGCCCAAGACUCUUAAAAUAGUGGUGACUCCAAAGCCUGCGCAGCCUCAGCCACAGCCUCCGCCGCAGCCCACUGCAUUGAGGACCACCUACUUGGACCACAACCUUCCACAGCACUAUGGUGAAAACACUGAGCCCCCAGGUGUCGGCCCAGACAAUUACACCCUGGACUACAAUGAGUGUUACUUCAACUUUUGUGAGUGCUGUCCACCUGACAGGGGACCCAGGGGGCCAAAGGGAGAAAGAGGCUCAGCAGGACCCCCAGGUGAUAUAGGACCUGCAGGACCGCAGGGUAUACCUGGACCUCCUGGAAUGAGUGGUCCAAUGGGCUUUAAAGGAGAGAAAGGGGAUCAAGGUGAGAAAGGACACAGUGGAGCAUCAGGGCCACCAGGUAUUUCAGGAAAAUCUGGACAAAAAGGUGAGGCUGGUCUUAAAGGUGAAAAGGGUGAAGCAGGAUUACAAGGUGCCAAAGGUAUACAAGGAGAAAAAGGAGAACCUGGCCAAAAUGGAACUGGCGGUGAGAAAGGAGAACCAGGACCAGAAGGGCCUGUUGGACCUCCUGGCAUAGCUAUGGGGCAGGGUCCUAAAGGAGAGAAGGGGGAUAAAGGGGACUGUGGCAUAUUUGGGGAGAGAGGUCCUAAAGGUGACCGUGGGGAACCUGGUGCUCCAGGCAUUCAAGGUGCUAUGGGGAUUCCAGGAUUGCAUGGCAAACAUGGCACCCCUGGCCCUGUUGGCAUCAGAGGAGAUCCAGGACACCCUGGCCCUCCAGGUGAACCAGGGGUUCCAGGGCCCCAAGGGCCACAAGGGAUACGGGGAAUGCCUGGGCCAAAAGGGGAUAGAGGGUAUCCUGGCAUAAGAGGUGAGAGGGGCUUCCGUGGAUUAAAAGGAGCAAAAGGUUCAGGAAUGCCUCAGAAACGUUCUGCCUUUAGUGUCGGCAUCUCUCCAAAGAAAUCCUUUCCUCCUUCUGGCUUCCCAAUCCGCUUUGACAAAAUCUUCUACAAUGAAGAAAACCACUUCAACAUGAGCUCCAAUAGCUUCACAUGCGUCCACCCCGGGGUUUAUGUCUUUUCCUUUCACAUCACGGUACGUAAUCAGCCUCUGAGAGCCACACUUGUGGUGAAUGGGUCACGGAAAGUCAGGACACGUGACUCUCUAUAUGGCCAAGAUAUCGACCAGGCAUCAAGUCUAGUGGUGUUAAGACUGGCAUAUGGAGAUCAGGUCUGGAUGGAGACGUUCAGAGACUGGAAUGGGGUGUACGCCAGCAGUGAGGACGACAGCAUCUUCUCUGGGUUCCUGCUCUACUCAGACAAAGCCUAAAACCUAUUUGGUUUGCAAUGCUGACAAUCUGUCUCUUCUGCUUAACUGUUACAACCUCAUCACAGCAAAUGCUGAGGGUGCUAUGCUAUACUGUAACUGUGAAAUACUUGUCUGUAAAUUUGUUGUUUAAAUUCUCUCAUCAGGAUUU